UAACAGUCCAGGCGGGAGCCGGAAGCCCAGCGCUGAGCGGGUUGCGCCGUGGCCCUCUCUUGUGCCGCCGCGUAGAGGUUCAGCCAUGCAGGAAAACCUCAGGUUUGCUUCAUCUGGAGAUGAUGUUAAAAUAUGGGAUGCUUCAUCUAUGACGUUGGUGGAUAAAUUCAACCCCCACACAUCACCACAUGGAAUAAGUUCCUUGUGUUGGAGCAGCAAUAAUAACUUUCUAGUGACAGCAUCUUCCAGUGGUGACAAAAUAGUUGUUUCAAGUUGCAAAUGUAAACCUGUUCCUCUUUUGGAGAUUGCUGAAGGGCAAAAGCAGACAUGUGUAGAUUUAAAUUCCACAUCUAUGUACUUGGCAAGUGGAGGACUAAAUAACACUGUUAAUAUUUGGGAUUUAAAAUCAAAAAGAGUUCAUCGGUCUCUUAAGGAUCAUAAGGAUGAAGUAACUUGUGUAACAUACAAUUGGAAUGAUUGCUACAUUGCUUCUGGAUCUCUGAGUGGUGAAAUUAUUUUGCACAGUGUAACCACUAAUCUGUCUGGUACUCCUUUUGGCCAUGGUGGUAAUCAGUCUGUUCGGCACUUGAAGUACUCCUUGUUUAAGAAGUCACUACUGGGCAGUGUUUCAGAUAAUGGAACAGUAACUCUCUGGGAUGUGAACAGUCAGAGUUUCCACCAUAAUUUUGAUAGCGUGCAUAAAGCUCCAGCUUCAGGCAUCUGUUUCUCUCCUGUCAAUGAAUUACUAUUUGUAACCGUAGGCUUAGAUAAAAGAAUCAUCCUUUAUGACACAUCAAGUAAGAAGCUAGUGAAAAGUUUAGCGACUGACACUCCUCUGACUGCAGUAGAUUUCAUGCCUGAUGGAGCCUCUUUGGCUGUUGGAUCUUCCCGUGGGAAAAUCUAUCAAUAUGAUUUAAGGAUGUUGAAAUUACCAGUGAAAACCAUCAGUGCUCACAAGACAUCUGUGCAGUGUAUAGCAUUUCAGUAUUCCACUGCUCUCACUAAGUCGAGUUCAAAUAAAGCCUGUUCAAAUAAGGCCACUGCACUGAACAAAAGAACCAUUAAUGUGAACCCUACUAGUGGAGGAGCUCAGAAUUCUGGAAUUGUCAGAGAAGCACCCACCACUUCCAUUGCCACGAUUCUACCACAAUCCGUGACAACAGCUGUGGGGAAAGGAACGGUUGCUGUUCAGGACAAAGCAGGUUUGUCACGAAGCAUAAACACAGAUAUUUUCUCUAAGGAAGCAAACAGUGGAAAAAAUCAGGAUUUCUCCAGCUUUGAUGAUACUGGAAAAAGUAGUUUAGGUGACAUGUUCUCACCUGUCAGAGAUGAUGCUGUAAUUAACAAGGGAGGUGAUGAGUCUGUAGGUAAAGGAGAUGGUCUCGACUUUCUAUCACAAUUGAACUCAGUGUUUCCUCCAAGAAAAAAUCCAGUAACUUCAGGCACAUUGGUAUUGCAUUCUAGUCCUCUUAAUGUCUUUAUGGGAUCUCCAGGGAAAGAAGAAAAUGAAAAUCAUGAUCUGACAGCUGAGUCUAAGAAAACACAUCUGGGAAAACCGGAAACUAAAGACUCCUUCAAACAGUUUACAAGGUUGAUCUCCUCUGGUGCCGAACCUGGAAAUGUAAAUACCUCUCUGUCAUAUAACCAAACAAGAAAUCUUGAGAAAUUUGAAAAGCCAGAGAAAGAAAUUGAAGCCCAGUUGAUAUAUGAACCCCCAGUCAAUGGAUCUUCAACUCCAAAUCCAAAGAUAGCAUCCUCUGUCGCUGCUGGAGUUGCCAGUUCGCUCUCAGAAAAAAUAGUCGAUACCAUUGGAAAUAAUCGGCCAAAUGCACCAUUGACAUCUGUUCAAAUUCGUUUUAUUCAGAACAUGAUUCAAGAAACAUUGGAUGACUUUAGGGAAGCAUGCCAUAGGGACAUUGUGAAUUUGCAAGUGGAGAUGAUUAAACAGUUUCAUGUGCAACUGAAUGAAAUGCACUCUUUGCUGGAAAGAUACUCAGUGAAUGAAGGUUUAGUGGCUGAAAUUGAAAGACUACGAGAAGAAAACAAAAGACUGCGGGCCCACUUUUGAAAACUCAGUGAAUACUUUAAUGUUUUGUGAUUUGAGAAAUUUCUGGCAACAAAGAACAAUAUAGAAUCAGUAUUUCAAUGGCCUCUAAAGGGAAACUUUUUUUUUCCAAUUAAAAAACUAAUGGGAUUUUACCCCAAGUACUCUUCAUCUUUGUCAAAAAUAUUUAUAUUUUUAUAUUGAAGUUGUACAACAUGUCAUCUGCCUAAUAGGAAAGUCAACAGUAUCUUUAUUUUUCUGAAAGAUUUAGCUAUACACAAAGUACGCUUUUCAUAAGAGAAGAACAUUGUGCAUAUGAAUAGGUUACAUAUGUUUUUAAGUCACUUUUUUAAACAUAUAUUUUUGAUUGACAAGUUGCCUUCAAAUUUUUUUAGGUAGUUGAGGUUUAAAAAAUUUGUGCCUUCUAUUUUUAUGGAGAAAGUCAUUUUAAAAUAGCAGUUGUUUUUUUGUAAGCCAUUGACUAAUAAAACAGUUGACUAAUAAUUAUUUUGUUAACUUGACAUCAGUAUGACUAUUAUUUAUUAUUUGUAUAUGUGGUAAUUUUUGAAAGUUUGAAUUGUACAGAUACAUUGUUAUCUUUUGCAUUUAUGUUAGUUACCCUAUUGUACUUCUGUUAGCUCUCUAUUUCUGGUUGAUACUGUUUUAGCUAACUUUACCUGAGAAAAACUUUUAAGGGCUUAUAAGACUUAAGACCUGUAUGUCUUUGUUUGUCUCAUGAAUUAAUAACAUGCACAAUCAUACUGUAAAGUUUUAAUC